AUGUCUCGUAGCAUAUCAUACAUAACAGGGUCUCAGCUUCUGUCUCUUAGGCGCCGUCCAAAUAUUGCAAUCAUUGAUGUCAGGGAUGAUGAGAGGAGUUAUGAUGGGCAUAUAGGAGGGUCUCUGCACUACGCGAGUGAUACCUUCACUGAUAGGAUCUCUAAUCUCAUUCAAGAGGUUAAAGGGAAAGAUACCCUUGUUUUCCAUUGCGCUUUAAGCCAGGUUCGUGGCCCGACUUGUGCACGAAGGCUUGCCAAUUAUCUUGAGGAGGUGAAAGAAGAUGCAGGAAUAAAAAACAUUAUGGUUUUGGAACGUGGCUUCAAUGGCUGGGAAGCUGCCGGCAAACCUAUAUGUCGCUGCAAUGGCAUUCCGUGCAAGGAUGAAAGUGCUUAG